AUGUCAGAUAGCGAAUCAGACGACUUCUCAGACGUUGGUACGGUGAUCGACUUCGGCUUGGGUGCGGUCAGUGAGGCCCAAUGCCAGUUUCGAUUCAACUCAGACGGCAUCUAUACCCCGCGCGAGACUGCAGUGUUGGUCCGCUGUUCCUUAGCCGACAUUAUUCACGGCCAAGCUAGUCUAGAUGAUGCCACCCCAUGUGUCCUAGUUGUUUUCGAUUUUCAGCUGGACCGGAUCAAAGCGACGCGAAGGAUACGCCAAGCCAUCAUAAGCCUCACUCUACCCGAGGGCAUUCGCGUGCGCAAAGGAGGCCUCUCGCCGAAGGGAAGAGUUUCAUUCCACCCACAAGCAAUGACUCUCUCGCGCAGUAAUGAGAGUAGUCUGUCCGCAGGCUUGUGUUAUGGUGCCUCCAUCGAAUGCGGUGUCAAACGCAGCGAGACGGUCAGCUUGGACACGACGGAGUACGCCACUGUUAAUGGAUGGACAACACGACAACCGAAGGGCAGAGUAAAUGACCAACGGCCGCAUAAUUGCGUCAAAUGGGCGCUAAUGGAGAACCCCGCCCUGCCCAAACACGGUGUCCCGCCUCAUUUUCGUGCCGCUGUCUUACUUGAGCGGUGUAAUGGAAAUACGAUGGGCAGACCCUUCGUCCUCGAAAUGGAAAUCAAGUCUUCCGUUGAUCUGAAAACAUCGAUCGAGAAUUUGACGGAGAUGUUUGGCAAGGUGCCUCGAGGUUGUUUGAGAGUUGAUCCCUUCAAACAAUCCACCGAAAACCUGCGCAACAUCCUUGUGGUCCAUGGAUUGUCAUAUAGCGGUGGCAGCCCUUGGGAGGCAACCCCGACCAAACCGGCCUGGCUGAGACAAGAUUUGUUCAAUGAUAGCAACUCCAACAUCAUUGCUUUCAACUACGAAAACUUUUUUGACGGCCAAAAGCCCAUGUGCACUCGUGCUGGACUGGAGUUCGUUGCCUGUCAGCUUUUAGACGAUAUCAUGGUUUGGAAGGCAUCGGAGGGAGAUCGUCCACUUGCCAUUCUAGCCCACGACACGGGUGGUGUGCUUAUUAAGAUGGCCUUCAUCAUUGCUGCUGGCAACCUAAGCAAGUACAGUCCAUUGCUGUCCUCUGUUUCUGUCUUAAUCUUCAUCGGCUGCCCACACAAAACAUCGAGCGCUGAGUCGCUUGUUAAUGGGUUUGCGACUUUGAUCUAUAACACUCACAGCAUUCCCAGUAUCGGCCUUUUCCAAGCUGCCAAACUAUGCGCUGAAAUGACCACAGAUGUGAAUCACCUGUUUUUGAACAGCAAUCUACCUUUCAUGGUGCACAUAAUCAGCGUUUUCUCGGAGGCACCGAAUUCUAUUGACCGAACGUUUGAUGAGUUCACUGCUACGCUUGACCUCAGUUGCGAAACUCGCAUCGGAUUGCCACACCCUCACGGCACCCUGCUCGGUCACGAACUCGACGAGAGAGCGGAUAGGUUGCUCAAGGGAAAACUUCAGGUUUCAACUACAGCAAGCUUUAGCAGCCAGAGGCUACAAGUCCUGCUCUCAUCUGUGUCUCCGCCACCUACUUUUCAAGCGGGGCUUGAGUACAAGACAUUGGAUAAUUUGGGAUUUGAAGAAGACCUCGAUGAGUGGAUCGAAGGUCAAGCCGAAGCCAUGGUAGCCAGAUUCCUGAAGGUCAACCACGCCGCGACUUUCCUUAUGCUCCGACAUGUUCAACAUGCUGUCGUAGAAUCUCCCAAGAGGGCGAUUUCUGAAGAUACCACAGCUACUGCGGUGGCUCUUCUCGUAUGUCAUGGUUUCCAUGACAUCGAGGAGAUCGGCAUGCUUGCCAGCUGUCCCGGAUGGGAACGUAGCCCCAAGACUGUGUUCCCUGCGCUUUUGGAGGCAGUCAGGGGCGGCCACAUGACACUUCUUCCGAAGCUCCCUGUUUCUGUCCUCAGAGACAAGGAAGCGAGAAAGGUCUUUUCAGCAGUUGAACCAGGUAAUCUCACACACGACUGCAUCCAUGAUCUUUUCCGACAAGCGCAGUCUCGGCAGAAUUUCCAACCCCCGUUCGAAUUGUUUUUCUGCGCGGCAUUCGCCGGCAUUCAAGUAUGCCCCAAAAGCAUCAAAGAUUGUAAUAUUGACAGCUCCACGUGGCUCACAUGGCUAUUGAAGGCCAUUGCUUUCCCGAGAUCGGAUGCCACAAAGAUGAUCUCACAGCUUGCAGAACCUCUCCUCAGUGAAGACCAAAAGGCUGACAUCUUGCUCGCUGCAAGCCUCGUAUGCGAUUGUAAGGACGUCUUUGCGCUUAUGAGCUGGCUCAGAUUAGAUAUCUCGUCCCGAUCUCUGCGAGCGCUUAUUUACUCGGGCAAUCAUACUGCUUUGGAGAAGCUGCUGGCGAGCCAGUCUCAGAGCGAGUAUUUCUCCAGUGUAGGACUCAAGGAGAGUCUCUACAUGGCCGUGGAUCACUCUUCACUGGAAAUUGUGAGAGUACUCCUCGGCCAUGUUGAUGUUGUCCGAGACAAGGAAAUCCUGAUGGAUUGCUUGAGUCGUGCUAUACAGAAAUCAGUAUCCAGGGAAGUCUGUCUCUUGCUUCUAGACACGGGAGUCGAGACUGAUUACGGGCGUCAAGAGCAGUACUUGAGUGACGCCGUGAAGCAGGAUAACACGGAGCUGGCACAAGUGUUCUUGGAUUGCGGGGUCGGCAUAAACGCUGGAGAACUCUCAGGCGAACCGCCUCUUUACGUGGCCGCGAAAGAGGGCACGCUAUCCAUGGUGGAGUUCCUCGUGAAACGGGGCGCCGACGUCAACAUUCGAACUGAUGUCAAGGGGCUGACGCCGCUGUACGGAGCGACACUUCAAUCGAGACCAGCAGUCGUCGAAUAUCUCCUGAGCAAGGGAGCCGACGUGACUAUUCCUUCAAAGGCGCGAAACUGGUCUCCUUUGGAGGGGGCAUAUGACUAUCCGGCCGUCAUGGCACAUUUGGUCACCAAGGCGUGGCCACCGCCCGACUAUCACCGAGUGGCAGAGUUCGGAGACACCCAAUGUACAGCGCUUUUCCUCGCAGCGACGUACGGCAAGACGGAAAGUGUCAGGUUGUUGUUGAAGCAUGGCGACCCGGACAUCGAGUUCACGCCAUCCUCGGAUAUUGAAAAAGAAAAGGCGGAUACGAGAGGGUAUACUGCUCUAGCUGUUGCCAGUCUAUACUCGCACAUGGAGAUUGUGAGGCUGUUACUAGAGCACGGGGCCAACGUCAACCAUCGGAUCCCGGGCACCGGUCUGACACCGCUCCAUCUCGCACACAGCGGCGAUACACUCGCGGUAUUGCUGGAAUACGGAGCCGACAAGGAGGCCAAAGACGACAAUGGCUACACGCCUCUCUUUUACGCCGUGACGAAGCAAGAUUCGAGUCUCACCCAGCGUUUGGUAAACGCUGGCGCCAAUGUUAAAGCCACCGAUAACUGGGGUCAUACCGCUCUGCUAAACGCUCUGAUCUACGGCGAGCCGCAGAGCCGUGAAGAGAAUUGCAGAUACCUCAUUUCCAAAGGUGCUCCGAUCAACGCAAAGGGUCCAGAUAGGUACGGUUCCACCGUGCACAGGUGUUGCAGGUUCGGUGAAGUGGAAGAAGUAGAAUUGAUCUUGGAGCUGGGCGGUGAUGCGGGUCUCUGGUAUGGGAUGCAGGGCACCCUUCUCGAGGCGGCAUGCAACAAUGUCAACAAGAAUGACUUGGCAGUACUGAGGUACCUAGUCGAGCAAAAGGGGAUCGACAUCAACGGCCCAGGAAGCUACCUCCGCAGUGCCAUGGGAGAGGCGUUCCGGUCUGGCGACGAAUCGCUCGUACGGUACCUGCUCGAAAAGGGUGGGAGUUUCGACACCCUAGACGGCAACGGACAGCCGGCGUGGUUCAAUAUCUGUGCCAGAAAGGACGACGCCCUCGAGAUGUUUGACAUGCUACUAGACGACUACGGAGCGGACGACCUCUUGGCCUCGUUAGGGGACAAGGACAGAAUGUCACGGGGUAUCCUGCACUGCGCAGCACACUCGGGGCAUCUGGGACUUGUUGAGAGACUUGUCGACCUGGAUCCAAAUCUAAUUGACAGCCGUGACGUCGACGGGUGGUCGGCUCUUCACUGGGCAGCGCCAAUGGCCUCCAUCGAAGAUCUUGGAGACGAAGAUGUCCCGCGGAAAUGGGCAGAGAAGGCUGAAAUCAUCAAGUUCCUAGCUCGGAAGAAGUGUCCUGGUCUGGCAGAACGUGUGCCCGGUGGCAACGAACGUAUGUGGGGCGUACUGGAGAUUGCGGAACACCACGGCGCGCCUGAAAUUAUCGUCGCUGCGUUUAGGGACGUGACGGAGGGAAAACAAGUUCAAGUCGAAUCCAUCAAAGCGUUGCCCAAGCGCGCUGGAAGAUGGAUUUGCGAUGGUUGCAAUACUGUAAGUUUCCCCGUGCCGAUAUACCACAAUAUUCGAGCUAACCUAGACGAUAAAUCCAGCUGA